CAGGAUACGCGACGCCCAACGAGUCAACUGAAUGUCAAUUCCGGCUCCGUUUUCGACUCCGAUUGUCAAGCUUGAAUCAAGGUCGCCGUAUGCUUGAAUUUAGUGUCGAUUUAUCGAAUACAUUUUCCUUUAUGUAUUUUGGAAUGAAAUGUUUUGAACGAUGAACGAGGAAGAAACAGGUGCCCAGACUGUGGAGGUGGCGCGCGUCCCGCCAAAGAUCACGUAUACCAAUUUCAAUAAUGAGUCCGAGCUGAAGGCCAUACAGGGCCUGAUCGAUAAGGAGCUGUCGGAGCCGUAUUCCAUCUAUACGUAUCGCUACUUUGUCUACAACUGGCCCGAGCUGUGCAUCUUUGCCCGGCACGAUGAACUCUAUGUGGGGGUCGUCGUGUGCAAGCUGGAGACGUUAGGCUGCAUUCUCCAGGGAUAUAUUGCCAUGCUGGCCGUCGAUCCCGCAUAUCGGCUGCUGAAAAUUGGCACCUCGCUCGUGGCACAGGCUGUCGAGUCAAUGCAGUCAGUGAAUGCGGAUGAGAUCGUGUUAGAGACAGAGUUGACCAACAAGGCGGCGCUGCGUCUGUACGAGAGUCUGGGCUUUAUACGGGAGAAGCGUCUGUUGCGCUACUACAUGAACGGGGUGGACGCACUGCGUCUCAAGCUGUUCUUGCCCUGGCGUCAAGCGUGAACCACUAAAAAUUCUUG